UCGCAUGCUUUUCCCCUGCACCACGGCUCGCCUGUCGGAUGCCGCCUCCCUCGGAGCUGAGCUAGGAGCGGGCGGCGGCGGCGGCGGCGGCGGCGGCUCCCCUGUGCUAUGACCGGCCAACUCGCCGAGAAGCUGCCGGUGACCAUGAGCAGUCUGCUCAACCAGCUGCCUGACAAUCUCUACCCCGAGGAGGUCCCCGGCUCCCUCAACCUCUUCUCCGGCAGCGGCGAGGCGGCGGCUCAUUACAACCAGAUGGCUGCAGAGAAUGUGAUGGACAUCGGUCUGGCCAGCGAGAAGCCCAACCAGGAACUGUCCUACUCCGGGUCCUUCCAGCCGGCUCCGGGCAACAAGACGGUGACCUACCUGGGGAAGUUCGCCUUCGACUCCCCCUCCAACUGGUGCCAGGACAACAUCAUCAGCCUGAUGAGCGCCGGCAUCCUGGGCGUGCCCCCGGCCUCCUCGGGGGCGCUCAGCACGCAGACCUCGACGGCCAGCCUGGUGCAGCCGCCCCCGGGCGACGGGGAGCCCCUCUACCCGCCGGCCCUGCCCCCCUACUCCAGCUGCGGCGACCUGUACCCGGAGCCCGUGGCUUUCCACGACCCGCAGGGCAACCCGGGCCUGGCCUACUCCCCGCAGGAUUACCAGUCGGCCAAGCCGGCCUUGGACGCCAACCUCUUCCCCAUGAUCCCCGACUACAACCUCUAUCACCACCCGGGCGAGAUGAGCUCCAUGCCGGAGCACAAGCCCUUCCAGGCCCUGGACCCCAUCCGGGUCAACCCGCCGCCCAUCACGCCCCUGGAGACCAUCAAGGCCUUCAAGGACAAGCAGGCCCACCCGGCCUUCGGGGGCCUGCCCCCGCCGCCCCUGACCCUGAAGCCCAUCCGGCCCCGCAAGUACCCCAACCGGCCCAGCAAGACCCCGCUCCACGAGCGGCCCCACGCCUGUCCGGCCGAGGGCUGCGACCGCCGCUUCAGCCGCUCGGACGAGCUGACCCGGCACCUGCGCAUCCACACCGGCCACAAGCCCUUCCAGUGCCGCAUCUGCAUGCGCAGCUUCAGCCGCAGCGACCACUUGACCACCCACAUCCGCACCCACACGGGCGAGAAGCCCUUCGCCUGCGAGUUCUGCGGACGCAAGUUUGCGCGCAGCGACGAGCGCAAGCGCCACGCCAAGAUCCACCUCAAACAGAAGGAGAAGAAGGCCGACAAGGGCGGCCCGGCCUCCUCCUCUUCCUCCUCCUCCUCCGCCGCCGCCGCCGCCGCCGCCGCCGCCGCCGCCGCCGGUCCCCUGUCGCUGGCCCCCGUGGUCACCACUUGCGCCUGAGGACCGGGCUGCGGAGCCCCCCGGCCUCCCCGCUUGCCCUUUGACCCCAUCCAGUGCCACCCCGCCUGCUGGCCCGGAGAGCGCGGCGGGUCCUGGCCUCUCCACGGACCACGGCCCUCCCGGGGGAGCCGGGGGCAGGGGUCGGG